ACAUCACUAUGGUCAGCUUUAGAAUUAUAAUAUGUGUUAUAUUGGUCAUUCCGUUUGUUCUUUGUAUACCUCAAGGAUACUUUUAUUCAAGACCCGAUAACGUAUUUGAGUUACCAAGAAUUGAAACUGGUAAACUGACCGGACACAGCGGACAGGUAUUACAAAAGACUGUUUCCUUUAAAGUAUCACAUGAAGCAAAGCAGCCGUUUAAUGUUUAUGCCGAUGGAGUUUUUAUAAACCCCAAUCGUCCUGCUGCCACUGGAUUUCAUAGUGAAGGAACGUUGCAGAAUAAUAACCCAAUCAGCAUUUAUACAAUGAACGGAAAUGCCAUACAAAAUACCUACGCACACGCUAACUCUUUCCUGAACAACCUCAACGACGGUUAUUCUCAGGCUAAUCAAUUAAGUAAGAUCCCGUCAGAUAAUUUAGGUGUGGCCAGUCAAACAACUCAAUCACCGUCAAUUAUUAAACAUAUAUACUUUCACGUUCCGCAACCGGAAAUAGAAGAAUACGUACGUCCGAACAGGCCACAGGCAAAGAAAACGUAUAGGAUUCUAUUCAUAAAACUCCCCGCUCAAACGUUAUUCAAUUCACAAACUCAAUCAAUAAUAAAGCCAAGUGCUAUCGAAGAAAAGACGCUUAUAUACGUCCUUAUAAAGAAACCGGAAGAGAAACAAAUUAUUGUUCCCACGUCGCACAAAUUGUCAGAGCAUGAAGUUGUUUUUGUCAAAUAUAGAGGAAAUAUAGGUAAAGAGACCGUUGAAACACCGCGAAGGAUAAUAUCUAAGUUAGAAGAUCAGUCGUAAUUAAAUUAUUCUUGGAAGAUCAAUAUUGAAUUGUUUAUUGUAUUUAAAAUUAAGUGCUCCACAGUAAUUGGUGUUGACGUUAUAUAAAUAUAAUUAUUUUCAUGUAUAGAUAGGAACCGUGAACUAAUGAGUUACUGAUAUGCAAUGCAUUUUAUGCUUUAUUAUGUGAUCUAUGAUAAGAACAAUAUUUUUUUAAAUUAUAGAUAAUCAGUUGUUUAUGUAAAUAUAGAAGCUCGAACAAAAACAUUUGUAAU